GUUCUACUGAAGAACAUGUCUAACAGUAACACUACUCAAGAGACCCUUGAAAUAAUGAAAGAAUCGGAAAAAAAACUGGUGGAAGAAUCUGUAAACAAAAACAAGUUUAUAUCUAAGACUUCAAGUAAGGAAGAAGUUGAGAAAGAAGGUGAAAGGACCAGUGUGUGUCAGGAGACACAGAGGCGGGCAUCCAACCAUGGUCAUGCCAGGAAAAGAGCCAAAUCUAAUUCCAAGCUGAAAUUAGUACGCAGUCUGGCAGUAUGUGAGGAGUCCUCUACUCCGUUUGCUGAUGGGCCACUAGAAGCCCAGGAUAUAAUUCAGUUGCACAUCAGCUGACCCUCUGACAAAGAGGAAGAGAAAUCCAUAAAAGAUGUCUCUGAAAAAGAAGACAAGGACAAAAGUAAAGAUAAGGCCCCAAGGAAGAUGCUAUCCAGAGACUCCAGCCAAGAAUAUACAGACUCCACUGGAAUAGAGCUACAUGAAUUUCUUGUAAAUACACUGAAAAAGAACCCAAGGGACAGAAUGAUGCUGCUAAAAUUAGAACAGGAGAUUCUGGAAUUUAUUAAUGGCAACAAUAACCAGUUCAAGAAGUUUCCUCAGAUGACCUCAUAUCACCAGAUGCUAUUACACCGGGUAGCUGCCUAUUUUGGGAUGGACCACAAUGUUGAUCAAACUGGGAAAGCUGUCAUCAUCAACAAGACCAGCAACACAAGAAUCCCUGAACAGAGAUUCUCAGAACAUAUAAAGGAUGAGAAGAAUACAGAAUUCCAACAGAGAUUCAUUCUCAAGAGAGAUGAUGCCAGUAUGGACGGAGAUGAUAAUCAAAUCAGAGUUCCAUUGCAGGAUGGAAGGAGAAGCAAGUCAAUAGAAGAGAGAGAGGAAUAUCAAAGGGUCCGAGAGAGAAUAUUUGCCCAAGAGACUGGCCAGAACGGAUAUCUAAAUGACAUCAGGGGGCACCGAGAAGGGCUGAACUGCACCUCAAGCAGCCUCCAGAGCAGCACAGACAGCGAACUCAAACCCUUGGAGCCCUGGCCUUGGAGCAGUACAGACUCGGAUGGCUCUGUCCGGAGCAUGCAACCCCCUGUCACCAAAGCCAGCAGCUUCAGCGGAAUCUCUGUCUUCACCCGAGGUGACAGCAUUGGCAGCAGUAAAGGUGGCAGUGCAGGACGGCUCUCCAGGCCAGGUAUGGCACUAGGUGCCCCAGAAGUGUGCAACCAGGUCACCUCACCCCAGUCUGUCCAGGGCCUUCUCCCUUGUACUGCCCAGCAACAACAACAGCAGCAGCAGCAGCAGCAACUUCCUGCUCUCCCACCCACACCUCAGCAACACCCACCCUUGGAUAAUCACAUGGUGUCACAGACAGAUGAUCUCAACAACCCCUUUGGACAGAUGAGCCUUAGCCGCCAAGGUUCUACUGAAGCAGCUGACCCAUCCUCAGCUCUGUUCCAGCCCCCACUUAUCUCCCAGCACCCUCAGCAGACUAGCUUCAUCAUGGCUUCCCUGGGACAGCCCCUCCCCACUUCCAACUAUGCCACCUCUAGCCAUCCACCACCUACUCAGCAAGUCCUGCCACCCCAGGGCUACAUGCAGCCCCAACAGAUACAGGUUUCUUACUAUCCUCCUGGACAGAAUCCAAACUCCAACCAGCAGUAUCGACCUCUCUCUCACCCGGUGGCGUAUAGCCCCCAGCGUGGUCAGCAGCUGCCUCAGCCAUCCCAGCAGCCUGGUUUACAGCCCAUGAUGCCUACUCAGCAGCAAGCAGCUUACCAAGGCACGAUUGGGGUCCAGCAGCCCCAGAACCAGGGCCUGGUCAGCAACCAGAGGAACAAUAUGGGUAGCCAGAUCCAAGGCCUGGUGGUUCAGUACACUCCACUGGCUUCUUACCGUCCUAGUGGCAGUGACUCACAAAAUGUGUUCCAGUCACCUUUCCAGCAACCCAUGCUGGUCCCUGUGAGUCAGUCUGUGCAAGGAGGCCUCCCCGCGGCAGGUGUGCCCGUGUACUACAGCAUGAUCCCACCCACUCAGCAGAAUGGUACAAGCCCUUCGGGAUUUCUGCAGCCCCCUGGCUCUGAGCAGUACCAGAUGCCUCAGUCUCCUUCUCCCUGCAGUCCACCACAGAUGCCACAGCACUACUCAGGAGUGUCACCUUCUGGACAAGGUGUGGUGGUCAUGCAGCUGAAUGUCCCUAAUGGACCCCAACCUCCCCAGAACACAUCCAGGGUCCAGUGGAAUCAUUGUAAAUAUUAUAGCAUGGACCAGCCAGGUCAGAAGCCUGGAGACCUGUACAGUCCUGACAAUAACCCCCAGGCCAACACACAAAUGAGCAGCAGCCCUGUCACAUCUCCUACUCAGUCUCCAGCACCCUCUCCUGUCACCAGCCUCAGCAACGUCUGCACAGGACUCAGUCCCCUGCCUGUUCUCACACAGUUCCCCCGGCCUGGGGAUUCAGCACAGGGUGAUGGGCGCUACUCCCUCUUGGGCCAGCCAUUACAGUACAAUCUGUCCAUCUGCCCUCCCUUGCUCCACGGCCAGUCGACAUACACGGUGCAUCAGGGACAGAGUGGAUUAAAACAUGGAAACCAGGGCAAGAGACAAGCACUCAAGUCUGCCUCUACUGACCUGGGGACAGCAGAUGUUGUCCUGGGGCAGGUGCUGGAGGUGACAGAUCUCCCUGAGGGCAUCACUCGUACUGAGGCGGACAAACUCUUCACUCAGCUCUCCAUGUCCCGUGCCAAGAUCCAGUGGCUCAAAGAUGCUCAGGGGCUGCCAGGCAGGGGUGGUGGGGACAACAGUGGGACUGCUGAGAAUGGCCGCCACUCGGACCUCGCUGCCUUGUACACCAUCUGCACUGUGUUCCCCAGCCCUCUGGCUGCCCAAAAUGCCUCCCUUCGCGUCAACAACUCUGUGAGUCGCUUCAAACUUCGAGUGGCCAAAAAGAACUAUGACCUGAGGAUCCUGGAGUGAGCCAGAUCCCAAUAAAAUAGAUGAGGAGAAGGGACUGGUUGGGGAGGGCAGGUGGAGAGGGCUGAGGUAGGACAGAGGUGGGAAGUGAGGAGAUGGACACAACUAAAGCCUAAGACAUUAGGGAUGAAGAAGCAGACUCUCAUUGGCACUGGACUCCUUCCACGCUCCCCUGCCUUGGGUACCCUAUUCCUCCCUGGUUGGCCCCCCUCUGCUUCCCUCUCCUUCCCAUUCUCUUCUGCCAUUUUUUAUCUUUUCUUCCCCCAUGACAUUAAUUUCUCUUAUAAUUUUUGGUCAGGUCGAAUUGGGAGGGUCCCAUGCUCCCCUCUUCUAUUUCCUCACCGCCCUAAGCUCCCUUUCCUUUUUUAGUCUUUAUGAAUAUAUUUAUAUGGACAGAAUUAAGAAAAAAAUUGAUUUCCCCAUUCUCUCACUUUCCCCAUCUUGUCUCUUCAUACCCCACAGUUAAAACUUGGGAUUCCCCCCGUUCCCAGAACACUUGUAUAUUGUUUGUUUAAGGUUCGUGCCGCAGUAACAGACACUGUAUUUAAUUGCACAUACAGAUGUUUGCUGGGUAUAGUCACUGUAAAUUUUAUUUAAUCUGGUUUUUUUGUUUGUU